AUGGACGAUGCCGCCGAGAAACCAUUCUCGCCAGCUGGUGUCGAGCUGAUAGAGGCCAUCGGAGCCCAGGAGGCUGUCUCCUACACACAAGAAGAGGAAAAGCAGAUUGUCUGGAAAAUCGAUUCGAGGUUGAUGCCAACGACGGCGUUGAUCUACCUGCUUUGCUAUCUGGACCGAAGCAACAUAGCAGGCAAUGCCAAAAUCCUCAAUACCAACAUGGACGAUGCUAUGUCACAGACCAACCACGUGACCAACUAUCAAUUCACCGUCGCUCUGAUGGUUUUCAUUGUGGCCUAUUGCAUCUUCCAAGCACUUUCCAAUCUGGCCUGCACGGACCGAAAAAGCCAUCCAACGCCAACGUCUUGCCUCCGAAAAUACGAGGCCAAGAUCAACUGGAAGGAUGCAAAAGCAACCCUCAAGGACGUGAUACUAUGGGUGCAUUAUUCCACAUACCUCGCAGCUGGCAGCGGAGCUACAUCCCUUUCACUGUUCUCUCCAGUUAUCGUUGCUGGUCUCGGGUACCACGACUUGCGAGCCCAGCUCUUCACUGUCCCGCCAUACGCGAUUGCAUACUUGGUUACGCUCGCGGUGGCUCUUUGGUCUGACAAUCGACGAGUGCGAGGGCUCUUCGCCUGUGCCGGAUUUAGCCUCGCGGCAAUUUCUUUUCUCGUCCUUGCUGCUAUUCCAGGCACUCACUACGGUGUUCGCUACUUUUUCCUGAUCCUCGCCUCCAGUGGGCCUGGCCAGAUCAUUGGGGUUUGGAUCUAUCGCGCGCAAGAUGCAUCGCUUUACAAGCUGGGGCAUGGAGUCAAUGCCGCGAGCCAGCUCAUUGGGGCGUCUGUCGCCUUAGGCUUGUAUUUUCACUACAAGAAACUGAAUAGGAGACUUAUAGGCACGAAUGCGACAAGGUGGAUUCCGUAG